AUGACUACAGGUCCAGCUGUUUUCUCCAAACAGCUUGCGAUUGUAGCAGCCGAAACAUCCAACUUAUUUCAGCAAAUCCGAUCGUCCACUUUACGCCACGGGUUGAAUCGGCACGAUCAAUAUCGAACAUUUUUAUCUCAACGUGGACCAAAUCAACUUGUUCCGGAAUCCCGAAAAUCGCUCGAUCGAGCAGUUACUGAUGCUGUUUCUUCAAGACUGUUGAGAGCGCACGGCAGUACGAAAUUCUCGCCCAAUGUUUUGUGCCAACAACAACAACGACACCAGUUUCCGCAGCAACAACAACGACGUACAUUAUUUUCGUCGUCUUCGUCAUCACCAUCGUGGACCCGAUCCUUCCGUUUUGUUAACCAUCGACGGUUGACCAAACUCGAGCAAGAUGCAAAUAUGUUUCCUGACGAUCCAAGACGGCAGGCCGUCUUGUACAAAGAAUGGUUACGAGCAAAGAAUCCACAAGCGUUAAUUACUCGAUUUGAACGAGGAAACUUUGCACAUGACGAGGAGUGUUGGCAGUACUAUGUCGCGGCACUUGCGCAGACAGGUCAAUCCGAGACUAUUUUACCGCGUAUCAUGCAAAAACUGGAGGCAACAAUGGAGUCAUCAUCUUCUGCAAUAAAAGGGUCAGGGCAGCAAGUGCUACCAAAGCAAGUAUUACAGCAGCUAGCGGCUUCGCGCGGAUAUGCAGGCAAGACGUUAUCAGUUGAAGGAGGAGUAAAGCUGUCACCCGGUGCUGGUAACAAGGAUAGCCCCAUCUACGUUGUUGUAGAAGAAGCACGAAAAUACAUGCUCUGGCGCGCACUGCGGUGGGUGGGCAUCACGUUGACCUAUGCAUUGUGUAUCCUUACACUGCUUUCGUUGGCAUUGGAAAACUCGGGGCUUUUAAAGACGGCGUCCUCGCAGAUCGAGUACGAACCAAGCAACCAGCAGGUGGUACGAUUUGAAGAUGUGCAGGGCGUGGAUGAAGCCAAGCAGGAGUUGGAAGAGCUCGUUCAGUUCUUGCGUAACCCGCAAAAGUUCACCGAGCUAGGCGGCAAACUCCCCAAGGGUGUGUUGCUUACGGGCCCCCCAGGCACCGGCAAGACAAUGUUGGCCCGUGCUGUAGCCGGAGAAGCCGGAGUGCCAUUCUUCUUUAUGAGCGGCAGUGAAUUUGACGAAAUGUACGUGGGUGUGGGAGCUCGGCGUGUGCGAGAGCUAUUCGCGGCAGCAAGGGCCAAGGCACCGAGUAUUGUGUUCAUUGACGAGAUCGAUGCGAUCGGGUCCAAGCGGAAUCCGAAAGACCAGUCGUACAUGAAGCAAACAUUGAACCAGCUGCUGGUGGAUCUCGACGGGUUCUCGCAGACAGAAGGGGUUAUUUUCAUUGCAGCGACCAACUUCCCUGAGCUUCUUGACAAGGCGUUGGUGCGUCCAGGGCGGUUCGAUCGGCACGUGAAUGUCCCAUUGCCAGAUGUUCGCGGGCGUAUCGAGAUUCUGAAGCAUCACAUGAAGAGCGUACAAGUGGACAGUGCGGUGGACGUCAGCGUGGUCGCCCGUGGCACGCCUGGGUUCAGCGGAGCUGAUCUGGCCAAUUUAGUCAACCAAGCGGCGAUUAAGGCGACCCGCGAAAGCUGCCGGGAAGUGACACUGCAUCAUCUGGAGUUUGCAAAGGACAAGAUCCUGAUGGGUGCGGAGCGACGUUCAGCGGUGAUUACGGAAGAGAGCAAGCGGGUCACUGCUUACCACGAAGGCGGCCAUGCGCUGGUUGCCUAUUAUACCCUAGGCGCGAUGCCAUUGCACAAGGCGACCAUCAUGCCUCGAGGAUCUGCACUCGGUGUAACGAUCCAGCUGCCCGAAAUGGACAAGGACUCUUUUACAAAGCGGGAAUACAUGGCUCAGAUCGAUGUAUGCAUGGGCGGCCGUGUUGCGGAGGAGAUGAUAUUUGGCGCAGACAAUGUCACGAGCGGCGCACACAGCGACAUUGUCAAGGCGACGGAUGUUGCUAAGCGGAUGGUGCGGAACUAUGGCAUGAGCGACAAGAUUGGCCCAAUCAGCCACGAUGACGAGGAUAUGCAGCUGCUGAGUGCGCCCACUAAGCAAGCCAUCGAACGCGAGAUCAAGUAUCUGGUGGAAACGUCAGAAGCCAGGGCCAAGGAGAUCCUCACGACGCACCGGGAAGAGCUGGAUCGCUUGGCGAAAGCGCUGAUAGAAUAUGAGACGCUAUCCUACCAAGAGAUCGUGGAUGUGCUAGGAGGGAAGCCGGUGUCACGAUAG